UUUCCUUUGCAUCACCUUAUAAAUUUAGAAGAACUUUCUUAUUCUUAGGGCCCACUUUUUUUCAUUCUAAUCUCUUUUUACCCUUUCAACUUGCAUUAUUCCUCCUAUAUAAGCUCAUAUACCCUCCUUUCAACUGCUCCAAAUUAGUCAAGCAAGCCCUCCUUUUUUUCUCAAACACCAAGAAAAAAAUAAGAUUUCUAAUUAUAUACCGGCCCUAAACACAAGUUUCCUAAUUCAUACCCGAUAUAAUUACAUAUAGAUUGAGAAUAUUGAUAAAAAUGGCUUACUCUAUGAUGAGCACAACAAAUCACAAGACACGAUGUAUGUCCUCAUCUAAAUUUGAGGCGAGUGAUUGGAUCAAAUUAGACCUUGAAGAUUUUAUUAACGACGAAGAUUAUGAUGACAUCGAAGAUAGUUCUCUCUUUUCCUCUUUCGAAACCUCCUCAAAUUAUUCCGGUGCAGCAUCUAAUUUCCUCUUGCAAGAGAACCGCGAAAAUUUGAUGUCUAAGAAGAGAAAAACCAUGGAACAAGCAACUUUUGUUGAUCAUGAAUUGGAAGAUACUGCUAGUUCACCCGUUCAAAGUCCAAAGGUCAACUAUUUGAAUCUCUUCUACAUGAAGUCAAAAGAUGAGAUAGAAAGUAGAGAUAUAUGCCAGAUGCAAGAAAACGGACAUAAUAAUUCACGGCAAGCCGGAGAUAGCACGAACACGGGUUCCCUAGAAUCGGAACUACGAAAGAAGGGACUAUGCUUGAUCCCUACUUCUAUGUUGCUUAAUUACCUCAGUGCAAAUUAAUCAACAUUUGAAGAUCAACUCUAGUUUGUUAAUAUUUUAUGGAGCUCCCCCUUGAUGGAAUUAUAGAUGUAUAUGCAUAUUAUUAAGAUUAUUAUUUGUGACAAAGAUAAAUAGAUCGAUUCAGAAGAUGUAUAA